AUGGCGAGCAGCAGUGGCUCUAAAGCUGAAUUUAUUGUCGGUGGGAAAUACAAGCUUGUGCGGAAAAUUGGAUCGGGGUCUUUCGGAGACAUUUACUUGGCCAUCAACGUCACGAAUGGAGAGGAGGUAGCGGUGAAAUUGGAGUCGCAAAAAGCCAGGCACCCACAGUUGUUAUACGAAAGUAAGCUGUACAAGAUACUACAAGGUGGUGUCGGAAUCCCACACAUACGGUGGUAUGGCCAAGAAAAAGACUACAAUGUCCUAGUCAUGGACCUGCUUGGCCCCAGCCUUGAGGACCUGUUCAACUUCUGCUCUCGACGCUUCACCAUGAAGACGGUCCUUAUGCUUGCAGACCAGAUGAUCAGCAGAAUUGAAUAUGUACACACAAAGAACUUCAUCCACAGAGAUAUCAAACCAGACAACUUUCUCAUGGGCAUUGGCCGGCAUUGUAACAAGUGUUUAGACUCGUCAGUGGGGAAGAGGAAAAGAAGCUUGGCGGUUAGCUCUUCUCAGGACCCAUCUUUCUCAGGAUUAAACCAGUUGUUCCUUAUCGACUUUGGAUUGGCAAAGAAGUACAGAGACAACCGAACACGACAGCACAUCCCCUACAGAGAAGACAAGAACCUGACCGGCACAGCACGUUAUGCCUCCAUCAAUGCACACCUGGGCAUUGAACAGAGUCGUCGGGAUGACAUGGAGUCGCUAGGAUAUGUGCUGAUGUACUUCAACAGAACCAGUCUACCCUGGCAAGGACUGAAGGCUGCCACAAAAAAGCAGAAGUAUGAGAAAAUCUCAGAGAAGAAGAUGUCCACCCCUGUGGAAGUCCUCUGUAAGGGUUUUCCAGCAGAAUUUUCCAUGUAUCUGAACUAUUGCCGUGGCCUACGCUUUGAGGAGGCUCCAGACUACAUGUAUCUGCGCCAACUCUUCCGCAUACUCUUUAGGACUUUGAACCACCAGUAUGACUACACAUUCGACUGGACCAUGCUGAAACAGAAAGCAGCGCAACAGGGCGCCGCCGCCGGGGGCCAAGGCCAACAGGCACAAACCCCCACAGGCAAGCAAACUGACAAACCCAAGCCUAACAUGAAAGGUUAG